AUGGAACUCUAUGUAUGGUCGGAGCUUGCUGAGCCAGGAGACUUCCGGUUAUUGUAUCUUCAAGGCUGGGAUAGCACAGCGGCUAUCAUCUGCUCCCUAAUCCCAGCAUCGAUCGCGAAGCCACCGAGCUACUGCGCUAUCUCACAUUGCUGGGGAAAACGGGAUCUUACCCAUGCUAUAGUAUGCGACGGCAAAAGGCUUCCUAUCACCGCCGCUGUUCACGCUCUCUUCGCUCAAAUCCAGAAAAGUGAUGACCUGGAGAAGACAAUAUGGAUCGAUGCCGUGUGCAUCAAUCAAGACAGUCCUGAGGAGCGCGCCCAGCAGGUCCUCCUCAUGAAGGACAUCUUCUCCAAGGCCCAGCUUACCAUCGUCUACUUCGGUGAGCCAGAGAGGGCCAAAGAUGUGCCGGCUAUGCUCGAGCUUGGUGAUAAGAUUAUUGAAAUGGCGCGUAAAACGCCUCCAAAACACCUAAAGGAAGAAGACCUCGUGUCGAACGGCCUGCCAUCUCUUGGAGACACAUCGUGGACAACAUUGGCCAAUUUCUUCUGCUUGCCAUGGUUCAAUCGUGUUUGGAUCGUACAAGAAUACGUCUUGGCAAAUGUUAUAACAUUUCUCUAUGGUGAACACUGGAUACCUCACGAAUAUAUCAUCUCAAUCAACCGCACUUUCUCCAAAAACGAGGACUCAUAUAAUCUCGAAGAGCUCCUCAGACCACUAGCCACACGUCCCAAGCAAACUUCGGCGUUCUGGAACAACGAUACACCCACACGGUGGUUGGGCAUCUCUCAAAAAAUCUCUCAGAUGGAAUAUUUCCGAUCCAUGCGCAAACUGAACAUAGACUAUCAGAAAUGGGCUCUGCGAAUGUUGACAUCGCGAUCAAGCUCAACGGAGGCGACCGAUCGUCGAGACUACAUCUUUGGUAUGCUCGGUCUUUUGCCUAUAGACGCUGCAAAUCAUCCAGACCUUCAGCCAGACUACAAUGCGCCCGAUCAGCAUGCUUACACAAAGCUCGCGCGCUUUAUCCUAGAGACCAAGGGUCUUGCAAGCCUCCUCAGCAGUACCGGUUUUCCAAGACGCACCAUCAAGGGUGCGCCUUCUGGUGCGUCUUGGGUGCCCGACUGGUCAACACAAAGACUAUCAACGACGAUUCACCGGCAAGCCAUGCUUACGAUACCCAGCAAGUUCGGCCAAGACAACUCUGCACCGUGGCGCUUAGACAAGGAGAACAUACCUCAGAAGCUAUACGUCCGCUGCAUCGUGUGGGACAGCAUUGAUAGAGUUGACUCUCUGCUUGCCAGAGCACUGGCUCAGCCAGGUAUCAAUUUUGCCGUGUGUCAAGUUCACUUCACCUUCGACACCCUGAAUCUAAUGAUGGAAUCUGGAUAUGCUGAUGAGGGACCUGCUGCCCUGGCUUUGCGGCACAUGAGGACACUGUGCCUUUCGAACCCUCCAAAGCGAGGGCUUGGGCCGGGCUACUUGACGGUCUCCGAACUAGAAGACGCAAGCAAAGUUGUUGCCCCUAGGUAUGAUUUCAACAAUCUUGCACCUCUAUUGACCGAUGCAGGCCUUCAGACGCAGACAUCGCAGGUGCUUGGGCGGUUGUACAUCAGUGACCAACGCUUGGGAUUUGCGUUGACGCAGUUGGGUAGGAUUGGGCGUGUCCCGCACGAGGCGAAGAAAAAUGACAAGAUCUGCUUCUUUCAAGGUAUCGACAUCCCAUUUGUUGUUCGAGAGACUGGUCCGAUUACCCGUCAAUUCAGUCUCAUUGACCAUUGCUACAUAGAUGGUGAGAUGGAUGGCUCUUUUUGGCAGCGACAUGACGAUCAGAAGGCCCAGGAGAUAUGUCUGGUUUAG